AUGAUAAGAAAUUUCAUAGGAGAUUUCGUCUCGAAAAAGUACUGUGCAAUUUUAUUAACCCUCAUUGAAAGUAAAAUCGCCAACGUAACAAACAGAAACAAUUCUGUUCCAGCUUUACAACAAUUACUUCUGACUUUGCGGUUCUAUGCGUGUGGUAGUUUCUACAUUACGAUAGGUGAUUUUGCUGGAAUACACAACUCAACUGCGAGCAAAAUUAUAAGAAAAGUUACUGAAGCAAUUGCCUCUCUUCGCCAGGAAUUUGUUACAUUGCCAGCUAACAGAGAAGAAAUAUUAUUAGUACAGGAAGGAUUUUUUAAUAUUGCCCGAUUUCCGAGGGUUAUAGCGGCAUUGGAUUGUACUCACAUCAAGAUAAUUUCACCAGGUGGCAAUACUGCAGAAGACUACAGAAAUCGAAAAGGUUUCUUCUCAUUGAAUGUGCAAGCUAUGUGUACUAGCGACUUAAAAUUUGAAGAUAUAGUAACACGAUGGCCAGGUUCAACACAUGACAGUUUGAUAUUCUCAAACUCUGCAGCAAAGUUUCAGUUUGAUACUAAUAGAUUUCAGAAUGGACUGGUCCUAGGUGACAGUGGUUAUUUCUUAAAUCAUUAUUUACUAACUCCGUUAAGUGAUCCUCGAACAGAAGCCGAAAGACUAUAUAAUGAGUCUCAUAUUCGUACUCGAAAUGUAAUUGAGAGAUGUUUCGGGGUUUGGAAAAGGAGAUUUCCUGUGUUAAGUAUAGGAAUGCGGUGCCGAAUCCCUCUCGCUCAAGACAUUAUUGUAGCAACAGCAAUUUUACAUAAUCUUGCAAGAAUUAGAAAUGAAAGCGAACCACCUGUGGAUCCUGAAGUCCACAUACCACAACAACCACAAUUUGAAACUCUCAUUGCUGACCAGCCAGGACACCAACACAAUAGUACAAGGGACUCUAUGUUAGAAUAUUUUGAAAGUCUAAUCAACUAGUAAUGAUAUAUUAAUAAACACAAUUUUAUAACUACAA